GAACAGCAGAUCUACAUUGACUAAGCUCCCAGUCCUUGGAUUCACAUCGACAGAUCAUCAACCCAACAUCCCACAGCUUUCCAGAAACCCUAACAACAACAACAACAACAACAACCCAAUCUCUUUCUACCGUCAUCACUCAAAACCAGCACAAUGUCGUCCGGAAUCACUCUCCUGAUCGACAACUACGAUAGCUUCACCUGGAACGUCUACCAGUUCCUGUCGGAGCUCGGUGCUGACGUUCGGGUCUUCCGCCACGACCAAGUCACGGUGGAAGAGUGCCUUGCCAUGAAGCCCCGCAACGUCGUCAUCUCGCCUGGCCCGGGCAAGCCCGUCGACGCCGGCAUCUCCAUGGACGUGAUCCGAGCCUUUGCUGGCAAGGUCCCGAUCCUGGGUGUCUGUCUCGGCGAGCAGUGCAUGUACGAGGUCUACGGCGGCACAGUUACGUAUGCCGGCGAGAUUGUCCACGGCAAGACCUCGCCCAUCACCCACGACGGGCGGGGCCUUUACGAGGGCGUCCCGCAGAACAUUGAGGUGACCCGGUACCACUCUCUGGCCGGUGAUCCCAAGACCCUGCCUGAGGACCAGCUCGAGAUCACGAGCUGGACUGCCAACGGCCUCGUCAUGGGUGUCCGCCAUCGCCACUACGUGAUGGAGGGCGUCCAGUACCAUCCAGAGAGUAUCGCCAGUGAAGCCGGCAAGACCAUGUUUGCCAAUUUCCUCAAGUGGGAAGGCGGCACCUGGAACACGCUGAAGGUCAACCCUGGUGCCGUCAAGCCGCUCGACAACGUCGGUGCUCGGAAGCGCGGCGGAGCAUAUGGCUCUGGCGGCAUCGAUCUGGCCAAGGCUUCCAAGAUGAACUCGACCGGGGCUGCUGCCAGUGGCUCGAAGGAGGCAACCUCUCGUCCCGGAGAGUCUGCCGCCGCAGCUCCUUCGAUCUUGCAGACAAUCUAUCGUCAGCGCCUGCUGGACGUCUCGGAGGCUCGUGCCCGACCCGGCAACAGCGAGUACCACCUCCAGCGCACGAUCGCUCUCGGCCUUGCCCCCCGCCAGAUCGACUUCAAGGAGCGACUCGAGCGCGCUACCGGCGGCAACCUCGUCGCGGUCCUUGCCGAGAUCAAGCGAGCUAGCCCGAGCAAGGGUCCGAUCGACAUCAACGCCCAUGCACCCACUCAGGCGCUGCAGUACGCUCACGGUGGCGCCGCCGCCAUCUCGGUCUUGACCGAGCCCAAAUGGUUCAAGGGCCAUCUCGAGGACAUGCGUGCAGUCCGAGUUGCACUUGAAGGCGUGGAAGACCGACCCGCGGUUCUCCGCAAGGACUUUGUUGUCGACCGGUUCCAGGUGCUGGAAGCUCGUGCCUACGGCGCCGACACGCUGCUCCUGAUCGUUGCGAUCCUGGACGACGAGAAGCUCAAGGAUCUGCUCGAGUACUCGCGCGUGUUCGGCAUGGAGCCUCUCGUGGAAGUUGCCAGUGUCCGCGAGAUGGAGCGAGCCAUCGCAGUCGGCGCCAAGAUCGUCGGCGUCAACAACCGCGAUCUCAACACCUUCAACGUCGACAUGAACCGCACCAGCAGCCUCUCGGGCAUGGUCCCCAAGGAUGUAAUGCUGAUUGCCCUCAGUGGCAUCACCGGCCGGGCCGACGUUCGAAAAUACGUUGCCGACGGCGCACGAGCCGUUCUCGUGGGCGAGGCCCUGAUGCGCGCCAACGACAAGGGUGCCCUCAUCCGCGAGCUGCGCGGACUCCCCGACGACCAUAAGGAUAGCGAUGGCUCCCGGCCGCUUCCUCGCACUCUGGCCAAGAUCUGUGGUAUCACCAACGUCGAGGAUGCUCUGCUGGCCGCCAAGGAAGGCGCCGACUUCAUCGGACUCAUCUUUGCAUCCUCCCCACGCCAAGUGACGCUGGAAACGGCCCGGGAGAUUGUCGGCCGUGUCCGUGCCGAGUUUGGGACCGGCCCAACAGAGGCCAUUCAGAUGCCAUAUCCCCUGCCCGGCCUGAGUGCCUCGCUCUGGUACCAGGCCACGUCUGGUGCAAUUCGCGAUCGAGUGUCGCGUGCGAACCGCAGAGGGCCGCUGUUUGUCGGUGUCUUCUCGAACCACGCCGUCAACUACAUCAACGAAAUUGUCGCCGCGGUUGGACUGGAUCUGGUUCAGUUCCACGGCAACGAAGACCCAAGCUUGGCUCGGCUGAUCUCGGUCCCUGUCAUCAAAGCCUACCAUGUCAUGAAGGACGACACGCCGCAGAGCAUCCGCGCCCGAAUCCAGCAAGGCUCAUCGUACCUGGCCGGCGCUCUGCUCGACACGGGCGUCAAAGGCCUGGAACAGCAAGGCGGCAGCGGGCUCACGUUUGACUGGGCGAUCGCCAGCCAUGUCCAGCACACCGCAGACGACCGCAGCGACGCUGGCAUCCCGAUCUGGGUUGCUGGCGGCCUGACUGCUCAGAAUGUCCUCGAAGCCAUCCGCCAGAGCGGCAAGCCGUUCGCGGUCGACGUCAGCAGCGGCGUAGAGGCGUCCAAGGGCAAGAAGAACCCGCAGAGCGUCACUGAGUUCCUGAAGGCCGCCAAGCAGUAGCAGAAUCAGCGUGUUGGUGUGCACUAGUGGCUUUUGGGCCAUCCACACAGCGGUGGACCAAGAAGGGAAAUACAAAUCUGAUUGUCAUCGCGACCUGCUGCCCGCAUCCGCAAAUCGAAUGGGUGCAUCGUGCGGAUGCUGCGUUCCAACGAUACACUGUUUCCCACCCCACCACUCUGACCAGCAACCAAAACCAAACACCAACACUA